CAAUUACCCAAGAAGCACACACAGCACCCCGAGUCGAUGGUGGAACGGCAAUCCCUGCUUGGAUUUAGCCCCCAACAGUCCUAGUCGGCCGCCAAUCCCAAGCGUCCUAUUAAUGGCGGCUUGGCGGGAGGCUUCGGAGUUCACUUGCUUGCUUUCUUCUUCCCUCACGCGACAUGCCUCAUCAUGUCUGUGCCCCAGGCUCCGCGAGGCAGCCUAUCUGAGCAGAUUGCAGCCAUUCUACAACUAGCCGAGGCCUUGUAUGACGCCACCGGCCGUGAGCCCACCUUCAUUGACCAGGCGCGUAACGAACUGAGUCUGCUACGAUCCGUUGUUGAUGCGACGAGGAUCUCAUUGACGCUGCUAUGUGGGGACUUUACCGUUGUAGCGCUGAGUCAGGUUCUCGAUGGCUGUCGUGCAGCUCUGGAAGAGCUGGAAGAGCUUCGUCGACAGGCGGACGAAGUGGGGCCGGUGAAUCCACUGUCCGAUAUUCGGGGGCGUUUCUCAUCCUUGAUCUUCGAGCUCAGCGUUAUAAAUGCGGAUAUAUUGAUUUCCUCACAGGCCAAUGUCAACCGUCUGUUGCAGGGCUACAUUGAAGAUGUUCGAGCGGGGAAGCGAGAGUCUGGAAUUGUCGCAAGUGUUCUCGAUGAUGCUUCUCCAAAGAGCGAGAAAGAUGAAGCAUGGAACAACCUACAAAUUGAACUGCACGAUGUUGGUAUCGUACCUGAGUGGUCGGACCAGGACCAUGGCUAUAUCAUUUCAACACUACGACAUGCUGUAGACAAGGAGCACCUCCUGGAAGGUAGCAGCCCACCAGCAAAAUCAUCACGAUCGAUCAAACCAGCUUUGCCCCCAAGAAAUUCACUCUACAACACAACACCUCUUGGGGAGCAACUCACACUGCCCUUUCGAUCACAAGAAUAUCCAGAGAAAGGCCUUUCCGACAAGGAAGUGCUGCUCCCCACAGAAGAUUUCCCAAUCCCAGUCGCAAUGGAGCUCCAAGAUACGGAGGAUACGGAAAAGCAAGCACUCCCAAUCGAGAACUACCCCAUUCCCGUGGCCAUGGAGCCAUUCUUCCCAGCAAAUACAAACUUCGAUAAACAAGUCGUACCGCGGGAAAAUUUGCCUAUCCCCAUCGAGUCAGAAAGCAGCAUCGAAAACAGCCAGGAAAACCAAUCACAGAACAGUUCUUCCAUGAACGAUUCUACCCGACCAAAGUCACUUAUUCGCGGCAAGAAGCCCAGCAUUGUCAAGCGCAUGAGAUUUAAGCUUACCGGCAGUAAAGAGGAGUUCAUGACGUUGAUUCAAAUGGGUGGACAGUAUUCUGUCAAGCUAUCCUUGGACAAGGGUGCGAACGUGGACACCAUCAACGAUGCCGGAGAAACCGCUUUGAUGGUCGCUGUUUCGUUUGGUCUUCUCGAUAUCGUCGAGCUACUACUCGAGUACGGUGCAAAUUUGGACAGGAGGUCAGACAACGGAGACACGGCUUUGGGAACAGCCGCGCUGAUGGGUCGAGAGGAUCUCGUUCAAAUCCUGCUUGGGCACAGUGCGCAUCCCGAUGCGGGCAAAGGCUUAGGAAAGACGGCGCUUUCGCAAGCCGCUGCGGCUGGGCACGAGAGCAUUGUUCGGUUACUGUUGGACCGAGGUGCUGAUCCGAAUGGACUAUGCACCAGUGGUGAUACUGCGCUUUCACGAGCGGCAUUCUACGGCAACGUCGAGGUUGCACGACUUUUAUUAAACAGAGGGGCAGAGGUUGAUAAGACGGCGUAUCCUCGGAAGACGCCACUUUGGAAGGCUGUUCAUCAAGGAAAGACUGAUAUGGUCAGCCUGUUGAUGGAGUUUCUCGCAGACCCGUUAAAAAAGGACGCGCAUGGCCAAUCGCCGUUAUCAAUGGCAUCCUCGCUAGGGCAUACCGAGAUGAUCCGCAUUUUCCAAAAGUACGGGUACCAUGCCACUCCACUCCAGUACUUAUAGGGAGUUGGACAGGAGGUACGGCCUGUAUGUUGUGUAUAUAUUUGGUUUGCUUAUUGGCCAUGAUACCUAUCUAGAGUUCCAUUUAAACUUAGUCAAUGUGCUCUGCAACAAAUGCAGCGGCAUAAAUAUCCAUAUCUUGCACAAACCCUUUCAACCUCGAUGGCUGCCAGCCCAACAGCUGCUUGGCCCUCGCAGAAGAUCCUCGGAAACUAGUGCUCAUCGCUUUGGAAAAUAAAUCUCCUCCAUGUCCUUUCAGCUCCACCGUACCCGUAAACCCCCAAGUGGAAGCCAAGGCAUUGAAAAUGUCCCGCAUGCUUUCUUGACUGGUCACCAGAUCAAAGACGGGGUAUACUCCCGUACCUGGAAAAAGGUGCACUUUCUCGAUUGCUUGAACGAAAGCCUUUGCCGUGUCGUCGACGUGGAUGAGGCCGGGUCGUGAAUCAGCAUCUAGUGGGAUUUCCACCGUCUUGGUGGUCUUCGUCGCGGCUUCCAGAACCGGAGUAAUGUAGGACGCCCAAAUAGUGCUUUCGCGGCCGUAGAUGAGAGCGGGUCGCAGGACCAUAACAUCGAGGACGUCCUUCGCCCGAAGAACGGCCUGUUCCAUUCCGACUCGCCAGGCAACCAAUUCCUCUGGGGGCGUGUUUGCUCCUUGACCCACGAUGUCAAGAUCGUUCACAGGCUCAUUAGAUGAGCCAUGAACCCAUGUACCGGAGCAAUAUAUGUAUCCUAUCUUCGAGCACGGCAUAUGUCGGGUCAAUGAUUCAUAAUUGCGCUCCUUGCCCACUGAAACCACAUCGGCGAGGAACUUGUGCGAGCCAGCAUCGGCACCAGCUACGUCCACGACCACGUCUAUGUGCUUGGAGCGAAUGAUCUCAAGAUAUGGGUCCGGUUGAUUUAUCGGGUCCGCGCACACCAUCGGGAUGAUCUCUUCUCUGGCCAUCUGCUUUGCUUUGGCGGUGGUGCGCGUCACACCGUAGACGGUAUGUUGUCCACUCUGGACGAGGAGAUUGGCAAUUUGGCGACCAAGAUAGCCUGUUGCGCCGAGGAUGAGAACUUUAGGCAUGCUGGGUGAGCUGUUCUGAUCGCUGUAGAUUGAUCGUUGGAGGUGAAGAAUUAUGCGAGGUUAGCGGGGGCGGGGGACUUAUAUAUGUGGGCCCUUUGGCUGAUGAUUGACUCCAAUUUUAUUCAGUGGAAGUCCGGCUUGAAGUCAGAGACGAGGAAUUAGGAAGCUAAAAUCCGCUGGAAUUCAAUCUGUUAGGA